AUGGCCGCAAAAGGCAUCGAUGCAGAAGUAGAUUACUAUGAUUUGCUUGGGAUUCAGAUUACCUCGACUGAAAAAGAGAUUACAAAAGCAUAUCGUGUAAAAGCACUAGCAGUUCAUCCUGAUAAGAAUCCUAGUCCAGAUGCAGGCAUGUCCCCUUACAUCGAGGCGUAUGAGGUCCUAAAAGACGUGCAGGCCAAGGCAGCAUAUGACAAGCUGUACAGAGCUCGUCUCGAUCGUAAAAAGAAACAGAUGGAGAUGGAUUCCAAACGACGAAAGGCACAGGAAGAACUCGAGAGUCGUGAGAAUGCAGCCAAGCGUACCAAGACAGAUCUUUCGGAAGCAGAGGCGCAGUACAAAAAAGAGCUGGCCCGUUUAAGAGAAGAGGGCGCGAAACGUCGUCAAGAAGACUGGAAGACAGAAGAAGUUGUGCCAGAGAUGCCCGAGACAACUGAAUUGGACUGUGCACUCAAGAUCAAAUGGAAGCGGAAAAAGCAUGCCUUUACGGAAGAAAGCAUUAAAGAGCUAUUGAAUACAAUUGGAAAAGUAGACACGAUUGCAUUUUCAGAAAAGAAGAAAGGAAGUGCACUCGUGGUUUUCAAGACUGUUGUUGAUGCUCAUGCGAUCAUGACAAACAAAGAUACCAAUCAGUCUCUGGCUUUGUUCGAGUCAAUUGAUUGGGCUACUGGAAAAGAGCCUGCUAUUGUGGGUAGAUUGAAUGCUGAUUAUCAGAAACAGCAAGCUGCCAGACAGGCCCACUAUGCAAAUGACACACGCCAGACAAUUCCUACCGGAAAGCCCUUGUUUUCAGCUGGUUCACAAAGUUCGUUUUUCCGUAAUAUAUCCGCUUCUGCUAUCAAGUUGUCUUCCAAUGGUCCCAAAUUGUCUGAUAAAGACUAUGAAACAAUUACACUAAUGCAAUUGAGAAAUUCAGAGAGGGAAAAAACGCUGCGAAAACUAAAGGAAGGAGGGCAGUAA